AUGGGCGCGCUCCUCUCGAUUCCAGUGCUCUCAUACCUGUUGAUACCGUCCAUGUCAUCGUACGGGACCAGUCUGAACCUGAUCUUCUUCUACCUCACCUGGACCACCCUCGUCCUCUCCCACGGCCCAUUGAAAGUCGAGCUCGUCGGCACUACGGCCGUUCGAUUGAUAUUUUACUUCAUACCCUCCGUCCUGUUCUUCCUGUUCGAUAUCUUGAUCCCCUCCGCCUCGGUGGUGCUGAAAGUGUACGGCAAAGACGGUCUUCCGCAAGGGAAGAAGAAGAAAUAUGGCACUUCAGAGCUCAAGGUGGCGGGCUGGGCUAUAUUCAAUUUGAUUCUGAGCAUAGCGGCGCAGGGGCUUAUUGAGUUCGUUUUGACAAGAGUCCUGGGGUUGAAGAGUCGGUUGAAGGUGACGACGAAGUUGCCUCUGCCGUGGGAUAUCAUCAAGGGAGUGGGAAGGGCAUUGAUACUCCGGGAGAUACUGCAAUAUUUCGUUCAUCGACAUGUUCUGCAUUCAUGGACACCCUUCCAGCGCCAUCAUAACGACUGGUACCAUUCGAUACACACUCCGUACCCAUUGACUGCUCACUACGACCAUCCAGUCGUAUACAUACUCUGGCGCUUUCUUCCCGUAUUCUUACCAGCAGCAGCAUUCAGAUGCCACCUGUUGACAUAUAUGCUCUACCUUAGCAUAGUGUCGUUGGAAGAGACGUUUGCGCAUUCGGGGUAUAAGCCGAUGCCAACGAGUUUCUUUAUCGGCGGCAUAGCCAGGCGGAUAGACCAGCACCUCUUGCAUGGUGGACAUGGCAACUAUGCACCUUUGGGGGUAAUGGAUUGGUUAUUUGGAACAUCCAUAGGAGAUGAGCUAGAGGAUGAUAUCCCAGAGCAGUCCAACAGAGAAAGCAUCGCCGAGAAGCUUGUUGAGAAGAAGCCAAGGCGAAGUCAUCGGCGGAGGACAAGGGAAAGUGUACAUUAA